CAUAAAAGUGAAAUCGCGACACUAUACGGAAUCUGCUGAGGUUCUAAACUCUCGUCACAUAUUCCCCUUUUGCCUAUUAUGCAUAACAAGCAGUGUCGCAAACAGUCGCUUCCAGCACACGGCGAUCUCACAGACGUACUCGUACGCUCGUCCUACAUUCACCCCCCUUCUUCGAUCAAGUGUCUCGACUUGACGACCAUUACCUAACCGGCCGCUCUACAAACUCCUCGCUAUAACAACAAACCUACCAAUCACCGAAAUGACACACAGCUCUUAAUACGUGAACACUAAGGUCAAACAUCCCGUGAAAGUAAAUUUUGAAAUGGCAAUAUUAAACUUGCCUUGUCAAUCUGUUUACACUCGCUUGACGAUCGUCAUUUAAUUAAUUCAAUACUCGAAUGCACUCUGUCAUAUAUGGAAGUUAGUUUUGUUUUAAAACGUUUAUUUUAUAAUCGCGCGUGUAAUUUGCCCAACUGCCAGCAUUCAAAAAAUAGUCUGUGAGGUAUUUAACGUAACAUUACCCGUUCUGUUUUUGAAGUUGUUGGUGUAAUGUGAAACGAGUUGCCAAAAUACUGGCAUGAUAGAAAGUGAAACUUAUGAAGUGAAAUGAAUGUGAAUAUGUGAAUGGAAAAUGCUGGCUGGUGAGGAGACCAGCAUCGACAUAGUGCAGCGAUGGUUGAUGCGACGAAGGAGCAGCGAUGACACGGAGACAGGCAGCUCGAGCGGGUCGCCGGGCGCGCGCGCCGGCCGGCGGUCCUCACUGGCGCUCACGCCCGAGGACGAGCCCCUAGUCGACGUCACCAACAGGUCGCCGCCGCCCGCGCACAUCCCUACUGCCCUGCUCUACGCGCCGCCGGAGCCUCUCGAGCUGCUAUGCGUGUUCCCGGACCGUGCCUCCCGCGUAUGCGCAGCCGCGUGCGCAGCGGCGGCGCGCUCCGGCGGCGAGGCGCGCGCGGUGCGCACGGCGCGCGAGGCGAUCGACGCGCUGCGGCGCGACGGCGACGCGCGGCUGCCGCAUGUCGCCGUGGUUGACGCGCGGCAACCGCAGGCGCUUGAUGCUGCGAAUCUCGCCAGAACAAUACGACAAGCCAAGAACACUCAGCACAUAAUUCUCAUAGCAGUUGUCAAGAAAAGCGCCUACCUGAAAGAUGACUUCGCUACACUGCCUUAUCUGGAAGUGGGUUUCAAUAGGGUGAUGGUGGAGACAGUGGGCGCGACGGCGUGGUGCGCGGAGGUGCUGCAGGCGCGAGCCGCAGCGGCGGCGGCACGCUCUCAGAUCGCCGCCAUCGCCGCGCUGGCCGCCGCCGCCGACCGCUGCCGCGACCUCGUCGCCGUCACCGACGACCAGCAGAGGAUAUUGGUGACAAACAAAGCCUGGUGCCGAGUGCUUGGCUGGCGGGCCGAGGACGGAGCGCGGCUCUCAGAUUCGGCGGGUGGCGAGGCUAUGAGACUGGCUGCUAGCGGCGCGCGCGAGUGGGAGGCACCGGUCACGUUGCGUCGGCGCGGCGCUCCAGAUCCGCUGCUGCUGCCAUGCCGAGGUGCUUCUAUAGCCUUGAACAGGAGCACAUCUCACCUCGUGCUGGUGUGUGAGCCUGGCAAUGCCACCGAGGCCGGUGCGGCGCGCGGCUCUCUCCACUCGAUCCGGCGCGGUUCGCUGGACGUGCGCUCCGUGGCCUCUGACGGGCUACGGCGGACUUCGCUCGCCAAACUACAGGGCCUGCCACUUGAAGCUCCUAUCACUAAGGUGAUAUCCCUCCUAUCCACGGCCACAGAUGGCGCCCCUCCAUCCACGAUAGCUUGCAUCGAGCGCGCCGUGGACAUGCUUAGAACCUCCGAGCUCUACUCUCCACAAAUGAAAGAUGAGCCCAAACUGCGAGUCGAAGAUCCCAUCGCUACUGAUCUUAUUGGCGCAUUGCUGUCGCGGGAGCAAGUGAACACAAAUCUAUUUUAUAUGCAAGGACCAUCAAACGUGUUAUCGUCGCGGCGAAGCAGCAACGAUUCUACCGUCGUGCGUUCUCAGAACAAUAGGACAAACAUCAAGCAUAAGACGUCAGGGCAACUCCGAGAACUUCUUGAUACAGCGCUGAACUGGGACUUCGAGAUCUUCCGACUCGAAGAGCUAACACGCGGACGGCCGCUGGCUCAUCUCGGUCUAGCCCUCAUGGGAGGUCGCUUUGAUGUGUGUUCGGCUCUCGAGUGUGACGAGCGCACACUGCUGCACUGGCUGACUGUUAUAGAGACCAAUUACCACGCCGUCAAUACGUACCACAACUCGACUCACGCCGCUGAUGUUCUUCAGGCAGUAGCAUACUUCCUCGAGAAGGACCGCCUGAAGACAGUGCUAGAACCCAUCGAGGCGGCAGCUGCCCUCAUCUCCGCAGCAGCCCACGACGUGGACCACCCCGGCACCACGUCCACCUUCCUCUGCAACUCACGGCACCCACUCUCCAUCCUGUACAACGAUAUCAGCGUGCUGGAGUCGCACCAUGCGGCGCUCACCUUCAAGCUCACUCUUAAUGACGACCGCGUGAACAUAUUCAAGAAUCUCGACCGCGACACGUACAAGACGGUGCGGCACAACGUCGUGGACAUGAUCCUGGCCACGGAGAUGACGCGUCACUACGAGCACCUCGCCAAGUUCGUCAACGUGUUCUACGCCAAGGGCAACGUGGGGGGCAGCAAGGAGGACAACAUGAAUACUGAUGUGGAUCCUCCCUCGCUGGACCCGGGAGCCUUCACUCAGCCGGAGAACGUGGUGCUGGUGAAACGCAUGAUGAUUAAAUGCGCCGACGUGUCCAACGCUUCGCGGCCGCAAAAGUUUGCCUUUGAGUGGGCUAGAAGAAUUGCGGAGGAGUACUUCCUACAAACAGACGAGGAGAAGGCUAAAGACCUGCCAGUGGUGAUGCCGAUGUUCGACCGAGCAACGUGCUCGAUCCCGCGCUCGCAGAUCGGUUUCAUUGACUACAUCAUUAAGGACAUGAUGGAUGCCUGGGCCGUAUUCAUCGACAUGCCGGAGCUGGUGACGCACGCGAAGCAGAACCACGCGCGCUGGAAGGAGCUGGACGAGGCGGGCGUCACCACCAUCGCCGACGUGCGCCGCGCCCAGCGCGCCGCCGCCCCGUCCGUCACCGCCGCCGCCGCGCUGCCCGCCCCGGACUCCACCGUCGAGGAGUAACCGAGAGGUCAACGGCCGACACACUUCUGAACACUGGAUGAUUCUCGUUCGAAAAUAAAUUCUAAUUUGUCUGUCAUCUGAUUCGCUAGGGGGUGUUCCCUGUGCAACUAAUUUCGUAUCGAGUAGCGACACGAUUCUCUCGAAAACUCAUUGAAACGCCUAAAGAUCGCGUCAGUAUCGCGUCAUGUGCGGUGAAAGAGUUGGCGUAUCGACUUAUCGAGACAUCGAGUGUAUUCUAUGCUGUGCUGCUACAGAAUUGUACAAGUAGUGAUCCGCCAGAUACAACUUUUAGAAAGCUUUAAAAGUCCUUCGGAUUUUAAAUAAAUAUCUGUAACAGUGUUUUAAACAAUGUCUGCUGUGGUACCAGUUUCAUGCCUAGUAUGACGUCAAAUAGGUGUGUGUUGCAUCGAAUAUCAAAAGUUAAAGAACUCUUUUACAUCUGAUAGACUGGGCAACACUGAAUGAGAACUUUGGUUCAUUGUGAACGUAGUACCUAAUCGCUCACUUAAAUACAUGCAUUGAGAUUCAAAUAUUGACAUAGGUAAAUAAGCAUUUUCUAAGAACUAAAACGGCUUUUAUGUAUAUUAAUAUUCAUCAGGCGUGAGGAUAAUGGGAAAGUACCUUGUCCCUUUUAAAGGAACAGAUGAUUCAGCGAUAAACUCGCACUGAAAUAAAUUUGAAAAUAAUCAAGUAAAAUAUAACAACAACUAAAUGGUUUAUAAAAACUUGGGUAGGUUCCUACAUCUACUAUUAGUACCUAGGUAUGGUCGUCUCUACUCGGAAACCUAGAAAAAAGAUAAAUUACUAAAGGAAUCAAUUUCGACAAUCGACAGCAAAAAUAAAUCUCGAUUUUACUAAAAUCUACGCAAAUGCAACAAUUACGGGUGUAACACGGAAUUCUGAAGAUCUAUAAAAUUUAUAUAAUGUUCUUGUGAACAUGUAGUGCCUAACUGAAGAAUUUGAUGUGGCACUUAUAAGGCCAGAAACGAUACCAAGUAAAAUAUACUUUACUUGUAUAUGAAUAGGGUUGAUAGUCCAACAACGUUCUGUUGUCUGGAUUAAAUUUGGAGUGUUCGCGAAAAGACUGGGCGUCUAAGACUACCCGCAGUUGCAUGCUGACCGAUUACUUUUUCAAUUUUAAACUUCUCUUUAUCGUAAUUUUGGAAUUCAUACUUUAUUAUGUAAGAAGCAAGGUUGCUUUUGCACCGGUACCAAUUAGGAAAGAAGUUGAUAAGGUAAUCGGUGUGCGCAUAAACAACAGGUAAAUCUGAAAUGGAACAUAGAUAGACGAACGACGCCUAACGGACGUGUCCGAAAAUACGCUUAUUUUAUACUUAUAUCCAUGUUAGUGUGAAUAUCAUUGAUAUAAUAGUUAAUCUACUUUUUUAAGUAGCCAUAUUUAUUAGGUAAUAUUGAAUCCAAAAUAUUUACUAUAUUUAUACCCCAUCAUACCAAAACUGAUUUUCAUUAUUCUACUAUAGAUGUUAAUAAUUGGCAUAAUCUUUAAUAGGUACAAAUAUUAUUUAUGGUGACGAAGUUUAGUAGCCUUCUACUAUUCGUCGUGUACUUAGCUACUUUUAUUGUAUGUUUUAGAGUAAUCCGUGAUAAAGGUGCCAUAUAGAACAUUGGCCAAUCGUAUCCACUGAUCAUUCUAUCCCUCAUAUUUCACUGCAUCCCAUGACAGUAUAUCCAUUUAGUUUUAAUAUAUUAAAACUUCUGCCAAACCAUUCUCUAACUAUUGACUGUCACUUUAUAGUAUGAAAAUUGAAAACAUUGGUCCAUUUUAUACACUUGAGCUUUCAGAGAAUUCCUAUUUUUAUAAACUUUUUAUAGUAUUUCUAAAUUUUCGGAUUCAUAUCAAUCUUAAUAGGACUUUUUGAGUAUUUUAUUCUACUUCCAAAUUUUCCAUCCAAUUUAAGUUUUCGGUUUUUUCACUCCUGAAAAUGUCUAUAUUUUCAACCGACUGUACUUUAUAUACCAGUGGUGAGGUGUUAUUAUAUCCUUUCGAGGCGGUUUUGCGUAUGUUAAUUAGAUACAGCAUGUUGUGAUAGGUAAGGACACAAGUUAUUGAAUAAGCCUAAUCCUCCGGAAAUAAUUUUGAGACCUCGCCACUGUUAAACCUACAACGCUAAUCUAGCCUUUACUUUCUGUUGUGUAUUUGGACGAGUAAACAUUGUCAAAAAAACGAUCUUUGCAAUAAUUUCACGGUUGAAAAUUGUCAAGUGAAGAUCUUUCAGGGCUUGCAUCUAAGCAUGGAACGUAGAAAUAAUUAAGUAAUUGUUUUGCUUUGACAUGGUUUUAGUUAACUAUCUUAACCUUUUAUUGAUUAAAGGCAACUGACUUCCCGUCAAACAAAAAUAGAUUACAUAAUAUAUUGUCAGAAUGACGCUUUAAAAUCCAAUGUUCUAAUUGAAUCACUCAAGUCAGACAACUCCAG